GGCGGCGCCCAGGGCGGGCGGGAGGAGGCGCGGAAGGAGCCGGAGCAAUGUCCCAUCAUCGACAGCCAGGGCCUGGGGCUGGGGCCCGAGGGGGACCUGCAGGCCAGCCUGCCCCUGGAGGAGCACUCGCUGGAGCAGGUGCAGAGCAUGGUGGUGGGAGAGGUGCUCAAGGACAUCGAGACGGCCUGCAAGCUCCUCAACAUCGCCGCAGACCCCACGGACUGGAGCCCCGGGAACGUGCAGAAGUGGAUCCUGUGGACGGAGCACCAGUACCGGCUGCCGCAGAUCGGGAAGUCCUUCCAGGAGCUGUCAGGGAAGGACCUGUGUGCCAUGUCUGAGGAGCAGUUCUGCCAGCGCUCGCCUGCCUGUGGUGACAUUCUCCAUGCCCACCUCGACAUCUGGAAGUCUGCCGCCUGGAUGAAAGAGAAGGCUGCCCCUGGAGAUGUAAGAUACUGUGGGGGUGACUCCAGCUGGGCCGACAGCGAGGUGGACUCGUCCUGCGCCGGGCAACCCAUCCACCUCUGGCAGUUCCUCAAGGAGCUGCUGCUGAAACCCCACAACUACGGGCGCUUCAUCCGCUGGCUCAACAAGGACAAAGGCAUCUUCAAGAUCGAGGACUCGGCGCAGGUGGCCCGGCUGUGGGGCAUCCGCAAGAACCGCCCGGCCAUGAACUACGACAAGCUGAGCCGCUCCAUCCGGCAGUACUACAAGAAAGGGAUCAUCCGCAAACCCGACAUCUCCCAGCGCCUCGUCUACCAGUUCGUGCACCCGGUUAAAUCUGGAUUGUGACCCACUGAGGCUGGACUGGGACAGAGAGCUGGGGAUUGCUUCACCUGUGCCUUGCACCACAGUCAGAGUUACCUGGAGAUGUUGAUCUUUUAUAUUAUAGGUUUUUUUAUUUGUUUAUUUACUUUUUGGUUUUGGCUGGCGGCGAAUUGUGGUUUAGGUUCAAAUGCCGAGGGGUGGCCCGUGCUCCCAGGGAUGCUUUGUGGGAGCUUAAGAGGAAAAACACCUGGUUCUUGGUAUUUUGUUUUUACCUUAAAAGAGCUGCCUGUGCUGGCUCCUGUCUUUGCCUCUGUUCCACCUGCUCCGUGCUGCUCACACACUCUGUGUGUGAGUCCUGCUCCCCAUCCCGGCUGGAGGGAUGGAGGGCAGCCAGAGGGAGGAGAGGAGUAGGGGAAGGAGAAAAACUGCCUUGGCUUCUGGAAAAGGGGAUGAAAAAACAAAUAAUAGGGGGGGGGAAAGCAAAAUGUGUCUUGUGAUUUGCUCUGUGUGACCGACACUCCUGCAGCCAGUGCAGGGGCACCAGGAGGGUGGGCUGGGGGUGCCCCAGAUCUGGUGGUGCCCCAGAUCUCGUGUCCCUCUGGUGACCCCUCCAGGUGUCCCUCUCCAGGUCCUCUGCCAGGGUGGGAGAGGGCAGAUGGUGGCAUCAACUUGCUGUGCCAGGGCUUUCCCAGCCUCGGGGAGUGCUGGGUCAGGGCUGGUGCUGGGAAUGGCCCCAAAACCUAACGAGCCCCCCAGGGGCUUCCCAAGGCUUUGUCUGGGAGGGGCACAGGAGUCCCC